AUGGGUUGUGGCAACUCUAAAGCUUUAACUCGUAAGGGAUUGAUUAAAUUCAUCGAAAAUAAAAAUGCAGCUAAAUUAAUUAACCAAGAACAUAAAGACUUGAUGAACGAGAAGGAAGAAGGAACGUUUGGCGCUUCGAUAGCAACUGGGUACUUCGGUGACUGUCAAAAUGAAAAUGAAGGACUGUAUUUUGAUCACAGUCGCGUCGUUCUCCAAAUAGAAAAUGGCUCCCACACGUACAUCAACGCGAGCUACAUAGAUGGUUUUGAUUAUCAAGAUGCCUACAUCACAAUGAAGACACCUCUCUCAAGGAUGGCAAUUUUUAAGUUCUGGUGGAUGGUGUGGGAACACCAAUCCGAAUCCAUCGUGAUGCUCAAUACGCCGAAGACUGACCAGAACAUUUAUAGGAUUCCUUACUGGCACCCAGAAGAAGGAUCUUCUCUUCAGUGCGGAAAAUUGAAGAUUACCACGUCGAAAUUUCAUCUGGACCAUCAAAAUUUUGAACUCACGAAGCUUAUCGUCACCCAUGAAGGUGGAAGUUCGUUGUACGUAAAUCACUAUUCAUACUAUAAUUGGCAAAAGGAUCAUAUCUUGCCCAGAACGUCUGACUUCCUUGACUUCAUGCGGAUGGUAUCAUUAUACCGCUACACGACAGUGACGCCAGUGACUUGUAAAGGCUACAAGAAUCCUAUGAUAGUCCAUUGUAGUGAUGGGCUAGAACGUUCUAUGGUAUUCUGCGCCAUUGACAUAUCUAUUUCACAAAUUAGAAAAACAGGGAAACUUAAUUUGUAUUCUAAUGUUUUAAAACUUAGGCGAGAUAGAUACGACUGUCUCAAAAAAGUGAAUUACUAUUUGUAUUGUUACUUAGUUUUAUACUUCUAUGUUUCAUUUUAUAUGUAA